GGGCCACCAAAACUACAACAUUUUUCCCGAUUCUCAACACAUCACAUAUUACAAUUAUUGGCAGAUGGUUCGAUAUACUAUUAUUUCGACAAUCAAUCCUCACAUAAUUUUUCUAGUGUUCAACACUAUAAUUAAUCAAAUAAUUUUUUAUCAACAAACUCUAAAACUAACAAGCUAGAGAAUUAUUAAGACGCUGAUCAAUCGGUCGACUCGCCUCCAGCUGCCGGAGUCCAAUUGACGAUCCGAGUGCGCCUACGGACUCGAGAGAACGCGUAGAUGAUGAUUCUAGCACCCGAUCCUCCGGUCCAACCCCGGAUCAUCUGGAGAAAUCCACGGACGAUCUCGGCCAUCGAUUUUCAAGCGGAGUCCGAUCGCUGCAAAACUAGUGCUAUUGUAAAGCUUGAGCUAAGGGGAGCCCAGAUAUGUCUUCUAAUCGGCCAUCCCUCGCCGGAACUUGCCGAAAAAAGCCUAAAAUCCAUGCCGCCCCUACACUAUUUAUCUCGCUGGAACUCUCUCCUCCAGCCACCUUCAACGCUGCUACUGCCCCCAAAAGAAAGCCUACACUCAGGCGAGUUGAUCGCCACCGAAAUCACCUGUCGCCAUUAUCGGGAACGCCUUGAAUGGCGUCGAAAAGCUACUGCUGCUUUCUUCGCUGCUCACUGCCGCCGCCGCCGCCUACUAGAGCUGCUGCUGCUGAUGCCAUCACGCUCGCUGGCCUCCGCUGCACCUCCGGCCAGCUUCGCCGCGCCCCAGACGGACAAUUCUUCUGUCUACCAUGGACGGCAGCCGAAGCCAAGCCAAGUCCAAGACACUUAUAUGCAUCACAUGACCAUUUUCUGCAACAAUCUUGCUGCCUAUUCGGUCGUGCACUUUUGUAAGACAUUAAGGAACGUUGUCACUGUUAAGGCUGAAAUUUAAUUAAUGAUGUUGGUGUUAGGAACUAAUUAGCUGUCUGUAUAGACGAAUGGAGUGCAUUUUCAGCACAGCGGGUGGAAUUACCAGCCUGAUGGCAAUUAAAAUCCUGCACAUAUUUGCAGUACCAAAAACUUCUUCCUAUUAUUAUUGGGAUGCAAUGAAGGCUAGCUAUAUUGAUAUAUUGGUGGUGCUGACUGCAUUUGUUAAUGUUUGAAGAUGUUAUUGACUUUCUAUAUAUGCCUACCCCCUCAUCCUUUCUGUCACUUCAUUAUAUUUUUUGGUUUCACCUAGAGUGUCCUCAUACUAUAUUGAAUAUGAAGUGAUUCCUGUUCGGGUCGGGGCGAGCAUGGUUCUAAGAAAUCCAACCAGUGAUAUUUGGGAUAAAUUACUCAGAUGUUAUUAAGUUUUUAGACUUUUUAUCUAAUUGGUGUCAAUAUUUCGAUU